AGAGUGCAGUAGCGCAUGGGAGGAGCCCGACAGGCACUCAGUUUGAUUCAUUCCGUGUCUGACAAAAGUCUCCUCCCAGAGUUGCUCUGCACGCCGUGGAAUCUUCGCCCGGCUCUGCGCUGCGUCUCGAUCAAGGCGUCGGUUGUCUCGGAAACCAGUGGAAGCUUCUUCAAAAACUUCUGGACUUUCUCUGUAGGUCGGAGCCGAUUCACGUGGGGGAAGAUGGCCGAGAAUGAUGCUCUCAGUCAGCGCAAGAAGGUGCUCACCAUUGACACGAUGAACGCCAACGUGAAGAAAGUGGAGUACGCGGUGCGGGGACCCAUCGUACAGCGCGCCGUGCAGCUGGAGAAGGAGCUGAAAGAGGGAGUGAAGAAACCCUUCGACGAGGUCAUCAAAGCUAACAUCGGAGAUGCCCAUGCCAUGGGACAGCAACCCAUCACCUUCUUCAGACAGGUCUUGGCAUUAUGCUCGUAUCCAGAACUGUUGGAUGAUAACAAGUUUCCUGACGAUGCCAAAGUUCGUGCACGGCGCAUUCUGAAGGCUUGUGGAGGAAGCAGCAUCGGCUCAUAUACUGCGAGUCAGGGAAUCGACUGCAUCAGGCAUGACGUCGCCAACUACAUCCAGCGUCGUGACGGCGGCAUCUCAUGCGACCCGGACAACAUCUAUCUGACCACAGGCGCCAGUGACGGCAUCGUUACCAUGCUGAAGUUGCUGAUAGCAGGUGAGGGUCGGACCCGUACAGGUGUGAUGAUCUCCAUCCCUCAGUAUCCUCUGUACUCGGCUGCGCUGACAGAGAUGGGCGGUGUGCAGGUUAACUACUACCUGAACGAGGAGAAGUGCUGGAGUCUGGACAUCGCCGAGCUGCAGCGCUCCCUACAGGCCGCCAGAAAGCACUGCAACCCACGAGUUCUGUGCAUCAUCAACCCAGGAAACCCAACAGGUCAGGUACAGAGCAGGGAGUGUAUCGAGGACGUGAUCCGGUUCGCUGCUAAGGAACAUCUCUUCCUGAUGGCUGAUGAGGUGUAUCAGGAUAACGUGUAUGCCGAGGGUUGUACCUUUCACUCAUUUAAGAAGGUGUUAUUUGAGAUGGGUCCUGAAUUCUCCAACACAGUGGAGCUGGCCUCGUUCCACUCCACCUCCAAGUGUUACAUGGGAGAGUGCGGUCUACGAGGUGGUUAUAUGGAGGUGAUAAACAUGGAUCCGGACGUGAAGACUCAGCUCACUAAACUGGUGUCUGUGCGUCUAUGUGCUCCCGUUCCAGGUCAGGCGCUCAUGGCCCUGGUGACCAACCCUCCUAAACCCGGAGAGCCGUCAUACGCCCAGUUCAUCAAGGAGCGCACGGCUACGCUGAAUAACCUGGCACAGAAAGCCAAGCUGACUGAAGACAUUCUGAACACGGUGCCUGGGAUCAGAUGCAACCCCGUGCAGGGGGCGAUGUACUCGUUCCCACGCAUCAUGCUCCCUGAGCGAGCCAUAAAGGAGGCCAAGGAAAGUGGACAGGAGCCUGAUAUGUUUUAUUGUAUGAAGCUCCUGGAGGAGACAGGGAUCUGUUUGGUCCCUGGUAGUGGGUUUGGACAAAAAGAUGGAAGCUAUCACUUCAGAAUGACUAUCCUACCACCGGCUGACAAACUCAAGAUUUUGCUCAGUAAAGUGAAGGAGUUUCAUCAGCGAUUCACCAAGCAGUACUCUUAACACCUUCGCUCAACUGUCUCAACACAGUUGACCAGCCAAGUGCCUGAACCUGAACCUGCCUUCUUCUCCAGGGGCAACUUGACCAGCAUCAGCACUUCAUCAAAUGAUUCUUGAAGUCUAAAUCCCGUUUUCACCAACUGGUUUUUGCACACUGGUGUAGAGAUGGUUAACUUAAAAGGGUUAGAUUAUUAGCACUACAUGUUGAAAGAAGGUUUACUUUGCAGUAGUCUGGAAUAUGAAAAAAAAAGCUUAUGUAAAAUUGUCUGUGUGUGUAUGUCUGUGAGUGUGUGUCUGUGUGUAUGUCUGUGUGUGUAUGUCUGUGAGUGUGUGUCUGUGUGUGUGUGUCUGUCUCUGUCUGUCUGCCUGUGUUGGUUAAGGGACUUUUAGCCAAGUAAUUACCACUGCAUAAAGACUAGUCUUGCUUUGUUAUAAUUAUUAUAUAAACGUUUUAAUUAUUUUAAUGUGUAUUAAAUCAGAGUUUUACAGUAAA